AUGUUCGCCCCCAUGGCUUACCAGGCGGUGGAGGACUUCUCCGAUCAGUGGUGGUCGCUCAUCCAACCCUCCACCUGGUUCCGCGACUACUGGCUCCAGGAGCGCUACCAGGAUCCCCAAUUGACUUCUUCCUCCCCCACGACCUCGAUUUCCUCGACGAAGGCAGAUGAGGAGAAGGAGGAGGAAUUGGGGAUGAAAUGGGACAUGGUGUCGGUGGGAUCGACGAAAUGGAGGAAGAAUGAUCUGAAUCGGUCGCCGAGGUAUGCAGAGAAGGCGGCGAAGAUUGUGAAUGUGAAGAUGAGUCCGAGGACGAUUCAGCAGCCGAGGUAG